AGACACUCACUAAAACCCUAAUUCAAACCUAGCUUCGUCUUUUUACGCUUAAUAGCAGCAUUCUCUCCGCAGCUCAAAUCCAGAAAGAGUACAACUAUGGGGGCUUAUACAUAUGUGUCGGAGCUAUGGAGGAAGAAACAGUCGGAUGUGAUGAGAUUUAUGCAGAGGGUGAGGUGCUGGGAGUAUCGCCAGCUUCCUUCCAUUGUCCGGGUCACUCACCCAACCCGACCCGAUAAGGCAAGGCGUAUGGGUUACAAAGCCAAGCAGGGUUACGUGAUUUAUCGUGUACGUGUGAGGCGUGGUGGAAGAAAGAGGCCAGUUCCAAAGGGUAUCGUGUAUGGAAAGCCCACAAACCAAGGUGUGACUCAGCUCAAAUUUCAACGCAGCAAAAGGUCUGUUGCUGAGGAACGUGCGGGAAGGAAAUUAGGUGGCCUCAAAGUCCUCAAUUCUUACUGGCUUAACGAGGAUUCGACCUACAAGUACUUUGAGGUGAUACUGGUUGAUCCAGCACAUGCUGCUAUAAGAAAUGACCCGAGGAUCAACUGGAUUUGUAACCCUGUGCACAAGCACAGAGAGCUUCGUGGGUUGACAUCUGCUGGAAAGAAAUACAGAGGACUACGUGGAAAGGGACACUUGAACCAUAAGGCGAGGCCUUCUAGAAGGGCUACAUGGAAGAGGAACAAUACUCUUUCUCUUCGUCGUUAUCGCUGAGUAUUUUAUUUUUAUGGUAUUUCUGUUGGAUGUCAGCUUAGUCUUGAAAUCUUUCUGUGGUUUGAGAUUUGAGAUUGUCUUAUUUAAGUUUUGAUCAAUACUUGUUUUUUUCAGAGAUUUAUUGGAUCCACAUCUUCAUACAUCAUGAGAUUGGUUU